CAUAGCAGUGUUGCCCUCUGAAGUCUGAAGUCCCAUCCCAGGCAGGCUCCAGAUCCGAUCUUUCACUGAUUUCAUAAACAAACACACCACGACAACUUUGUAGUCGAUUCAAAGCACUUCCAAAUCAUCUAUCUCUGUCCCCUUCUCUUCCAGAUAAAAUCCCAAAUUUCCCUCCCAAAAAUCUCUCCUCCUCUCCCGAAUCGAAAAAACACCCAGACCAUAUUCAUAAUGAUGUCGACGUUUUUGCACCAAAGGCCCAUCCACAACCCGUUUUCGAAUCACUUCCUAUUGUCCCCUCGCUCUAACUCGACUUCCCAAAGACCCAUUUCGAUUUUCACCACUGCCCUUCUCAUUCUCUUGUCUCUGCUGGUUGUCCUCGGGGUCUUUUUGCCCUGGGCGGGCAUGCCCGUCUUCAUCUUCUCGACCACCAGAUCACCUUCCCUUACCAAGUGGCGCCACUACUCGCUGGCACAAGCUGCUUCUUUUGUGGCCAAGAAUGGCACCGUGAUCGUUUGCGCCGUCAGCCAGCCUUACUUGCCCUUUCUUAACAACUGGUUGAUUAGCAUCUCCAGGCAAAAGCAUCAAGAUAAGGUCCUCGUGAUUGCCGAGGACUACGCCACGCUCUAUAAGGUGAACGAGCGGUGGCCCGGCCACGCCGUCCUCGUGCCUCCUGCCCCCGAUGCACAAACUGCCCACAAGUUUGGUUCUCAGGGAUUCUUCAAUUUUACAUCCCGAAGACCACGCCACUUACUACACAUUUUGGAGCUUGGAUAUAAUGUUAUGUACAAUGACGUUGAUAUGGUCUGGUUGGCUGAUCCGUUCUUCUAUUUGCAAGGAAAUCACGAUGUGUACUUUACAGAUGAUAUGGCAGCAGUAAAGCCAUUGCAACACUCUCAUGAUCUGCCACCACCGGGGAACAAGGGGCGCACUUACAUAUGUAGCUGUAUGAUCUUCCUUCGCCCAACUACUGGAGCAAAACUGGUUAUGAAGAAGUGGAUCGGGGAACUUCAAGAGCAGCCAUGGUCCAAAGCAAAGAAGGCAAAUGAUCAGCCUGCUUUUAAUUGGGCAUUGAACAAAACUGUUGGAGCGGUAGAUCUCUAUUUGCUUCCCCAGGCAGCAUUUCCAACUGGAGGAUUAUACUUCAAGAACCAGACAUGGGUGCAGGAAACCAAGGGAAAGCAUGUUAUAAUUCACAAUAAUUAUAUCACAGGUUUUGAGAAGAAGAUAAAGCGCUUCCGUGACUUUGGCCUCUGGUUGGUUGAUGAUCAUGCCCUCGAGUCCCCUCUAGGCAGACUAUGAUAAAUUGAAAACCGUGCAGACCCUUGGUGAUUGCAAAAUGCUUCUAGCUGGGUGACCUUGGCCUUCUUGCUCAGUGACUACUCCCGUGAAAUCUGUGAGAGGAAACCGUGCAUGAGCAGCCAACUUUUUUUAUGUUCUGAUGGGUCCUUUUAAGGAUUAUAAAGAACUAUCAACCAUUCUUGGGUCAGAAAUUUCCCACUGCUGCUUUGGUGUUUCGGCAGGGUGUCCCAGAUAGCAGAAAAGGAGAUGUCAAUUAGUUAGUUGUACCAGUUAGAUUUUGAAAAAAUUCAUUUUUUCUGCGUAAAUUCAAAUUUGUGAACAAUUUAUUACUCAUUAUACAUCUGACUAUUUUUGCAAA